CCUAAUUAAUGACUCGUAUUCUGGUUCUAUUAGAUUCACCCAUCGCCGCCUCUUUUGUUUAGCAAGCAAUUGUUUCUGGUUUUCUUGGUUGAAGCGUUCCGUCGCCUUUUCCCACCUUCCUCUCGCUCCCACCUCUUUCCUCAUCAGCAGCGGGAAAGAGAGAGAGAAAAAAAGAGAGAGAGAAAAAAAAAGGGGGGAAAUCCGUUUUCUUCCGCCUCUUUUUGUCUCUCAUUCUGCCUAGUUCUCUAAGGAUAAGAUUUGGGAUUUUAGAGGGUGAGAGAAGAGAUCGUAGGUGAGGUCUUCAAUGGCGUACGUGGACCACGCGUUCUCGAUCUCGGACGACGACAUCAUGAUGGAGACCUCGUACGUGGUCCAGAACCGGCCUCCCAUCAGGGAGAUCGGCCUCGCCGUCUCCCUCCUCGUCUUCGGCACUCUCGGCAUCGUCAUCGGCACCUUCAUGACCGCCAACAAAGUCGGCGGCGACCGAGCCCACGUUUGUGAGCUCUGGCUCUGGCAGAGCAUGAUGUCACAAGAGAAGAUCGAUAACCUUCCUGUUGCACUUUUGGUGGUUGCUUAGUGAACUUCAUCUUGCUCAGCAUUUCACUUCGUCCGCAUCCUUCAUCUUUAAUUAGCUUUUAUCCCAAGAAAUCGCUGCACCGCAGAGAAGGCUACAAGUGCAGAUAUCUGAAUCUUAUGGUGAGGCACAAUCCUGCUUAUGUUCCUAUAUAACAAUAUUCUUGUAUUGCAUUUCUUUGUGAAGGAUAAUAUCCUUGAAGGUAGUAUCCUUGAAGGUCACAUUUGUGAUCAACCAAAGGUGAAAGAAAAAGGGACCUACCUUUCUGAAGAGGAGAACUGAUGUAUUCUUGUGCUACCGUUUCAUGCAUCUAGAGGAAAAGUUUACCUUAUUGCAUAAUCAAUAAUUUUUUUUAAUGCAAAAGCUACUCUUAAUGGCAUUAAUUGAGAAACUAUUUCUCUUUUCUUAACUAGAUGACUAAAUAAUGUCUACCAAUUAGCAUGGUUAUGAAACAUUUGCAUGUAGGCAUCAGUGCAUGAUCAACUUCUUUAUAGAAUCAUGUGUGUUAAAGAGAUAGUGUGACAUAGUUUCCACUGGCUGUUUACGUCCUUUUGGGGUACCCAUGGCUUUGUGACAAAUGCCUGAGGGACAAUAUGCUUGAUCUUUUAAUGAUGAUGGGUAGGAUGACAUCAUCCUGUUGGUAUCCAAAGGUAAUAUAUGGUGUUAACAUGCCAAGCUCUAUCAACCAUACUCAUGAUUGCUUGAAUGCAAUAGUAAGUUAUUAUUUACUCGAGGAUGGUUACUUUCUAGCAGGGAAGUCAUAUAUAGUAUGAAUUUUGAGUUCGUCAACAUGAUGCUAUGCACUUUUGAAUUCAUCGGCUUGCUUUGUGAGCUCACAUUCUGUCACCGUCAUUUCUAAUUUUGAUGAUCUUAUUCCAACGAGAUAGAUCAUUUUGAAACCUCCCAUUGCUACUGCAUUGGUGGGUGAAACUUUCAAACUUUUUGAGGGUCAGUAACAUCAAAAAGCUUCAUAUAUAAUUUAGGUUUGAGUUAACUUGAUAUUUAUGUUUUACUUUUUGUUGCUAGGUGACCAAGUUAAUAAAUGCCAGGGGAAGGGUUUCUG